AUGCAGCAAUUUGGGUUCAAUCAGUGUGCUCAUGAUCAUUAUUUGUUUUUCCUCUGGACUGACCAUGGUUUGGUGUCGCUUUUAGUGUAUGUCGAUGAUAUUCUCCUUGCUGGAGCCUGUGUUGAACCAUUGCAGAAAGUAAAAGCUUAUCUCCAUCACUUAUUUACCAUUAGAGACAUGGGGGAUGCUCAUUACUUCUUAGGCUUGGAGAUCGCACGUAAACCUGACGGCAUAUAUUUAGCUCAAACCAAGUACAUACUUGACAUUAUUGCAGAUACAGGUAUGAAGGAAGCAAAAUCUAUUGCCACGCCAUUUCCUGCAGGACUCAAAUUGAAUUCAAACACGGGUGAUCUGCUUCAAGCACCUGAUUCAUACAGACGCCUAAUAGGGAGACUGCUCUAUUUAUGCUUCAAACAACCCGACAUCUCUUACUCCGUACAACAGUUGAGUCAGUAUCUCAAUCACCCUUGUGACACUCACUGGAAUGCUGCUCUUCACGUGGUGAGAUACCUUAAAGGUUGUCCUACGCUUGGGUUAUUUUUUCCUGCUGCAAACACCUUGGAUCUUCAUGAUUAUUGUGAUGCCGACUGCGCAUCGUGCUUUGAUACUAGGCGUUCUUUGACCGGUUUUUGCAUCUUCCUUGGGAAGGCCCUCUUCUCAUGGAAAAUGAAGAAGCAAUCAACGGUUUCGCGAUCUUCUACGGAGGUUGAAUAUCGCAGUUUAGCAGCCACGGUUUGUGAGUUACGCUAG